AUGCGUCCUUCGCUACUCGUGUCGGCGGCGGUGCUUUGCCUUGCGACCUACGACAGUGCCGUUGCCGCCGCUCCGACGUCCAACAACCUCCUGAAGUCUGGUGAGACAUCAUCUGUGCUGGCCGACCACGACGCGGUCGCUGCGGACACGAACCCCAAGCACCAGCGCUUGCUACGCCACUUGGAAGCCGAGGACCCUGAGAUCCCGGCUUCAGAACCCGCUGUCAUGGCCAGCAACGGAUCGCCGUCUGGUAACGAGAAUACCGAGAUCAACACGUCUGACGACAACUUUAUCACCUUUGACAUUUCGGACAGCUCCGACAGCUCCGACAGCUCAUCAAGCUCUGAGACCUCCAAGCCCUCGAGGAAGUUCAGGAUUCCAAAGAACAAGGAUGUUUUUCUUGACCAACUUGCGGUAGGCAUGUCCAAAUCGGACUAUGACGACAACUAUGGCACCUGGAUGCGUGAAGAUGAAAUUACCCGGGCUGAAGCGGAAGCGAAGAUUGACGAACUUGGUUCUCAUCCCAUGACUGCUCACUUCUUGAAAGCAAUAAAUCAGAAGGCCUACAUUGCGUACCUAAAGAGGAACUGCCGCCUUCCUGAAAACAGCGGUCGGCCCGCCUGUGUGGAUGUGGAUGUGUCUGCUUAG